UCUUAAAGUGCUUAUUAAGGUAGCUUAGGAUGUAAGAAAAAGGUAAGGAAUUAAAAUGUAUUGAGCACUUACAAAUGUCCGUGUUUUAUGCAUAGAAGUCUACAUUCGUGGCAUUUAAAUGUAAUGAUUUACUUCUUAAAGUCACACAUAACUACUAAAACCAGAAGACCUACUUUCUAACCAUAUGAUAAGUAUGUUGUAUUUUUACAAGGGCUCCACUUAAUUUACUAUAAAUUAUAUUUACUAUGGAAUCAUUUAUUUGAUUACAAUAAGAGUAUUCAAUGAUUACCAACUGACAAUUUUCCCGUUUUAUGCUUUCAGGAAUGAAAAGUUAAUGAGUCAUCAUGAAUCGGGCAAACGAGAGCUCCUCAAAAGAGUUCAUACUACUUGGCUUCUCAGACAAGCCCUGGCUACAAACGCCCCUUUUGGUGCUCCUAUUAGCAUCAUACGCAACCACCAUCUUUGGCAAUGUGUCCAUCAUGAUGGUGUGCAUUCUGGAUCCCAAGCUUCACACUCCCAUGUAUUUCUUUCUCACAAACCUCUCCAUAUUAGAUCUCUGUUACACCACGAGCACUGUCCCUCAUAUGUUGAAAAACAUUUGUCAGAACAAAAAGACCAUCAGUUAUGGUGGCUGUGUGGCCCAGCUCAUCAUCUUCCUGGCUCUGGGUGCUACGGAGUGUCUCCUCCUGGCUGUUAUGUCCUUUGACAGAUAUGUGGCCAUUUGCAGACCCCUCCGCUACGUAGUCAUCAUGAACCCCUGGUUCUGCUUCAAGAUGACAGCCUUCUCCUGGCUCACUGGCUUCAGCAACUCAGUGUUGCAGUCCUCCUUGACCCUUAACAUGCCUCGCUGUGGUCAUCAGGAAGUGGACCACUUUUUCUGUGAGGUUCCUGCCCUUCUCAAGUUGUCAUGUGCUGACACAAAGCCUAUUGUCUCCGAGCUCUUUUUCUUCAGUGUGUUAAUUCUGCUAAUUCCAGUGACAUUGAUCCUCAUCUCCUAUGGCUUCAUAGCUCAAGCAGUAUUGAGAAUCAGGUCAGCCGAAGGACGGCGAAAAGCUUUUGGAACGUGUGGGUCUCACAUGGUUGUGGUCUCUCUCUUUUUUGGAACAGGCAUUUACAUGUACCUACAACCACCUUCGUCCACUUCUAAGGACUGAGGAAAGAUGGUUUCCCUUUUCUAUGGGAUAUUCACACCCAUGUUGAACCCUCUCAUCUAUAGCCUUAGAAAUAAAGAUAUGAAAGAGGCCUUCAAGAGGAUGAUGUCAAUAAUCUUUUUCUAUAAGAAAUGAGAAUUGCUCCACUGUCAUGAGACC